CCCUUCUCCGGCGCUGUGUUGUUUUUGCUCGGAAGCCUUUGAACUUCUGAGGUUUUGAUGCUUGAGCCGUCGGGCUUCCCAGCCGCUCAUGCAUGCUGGAGCCGCCCUGUGCUCCCUCCUUCGAUGACCCUUUCGGAUCAGGCGACCCUCGGCUCUAUCCUGCAGAUAUUGGUAGGUGCUCGCUGAUUUUCCAAAUCUAGCCACCGCCGGCCUGGAUCUCUGCUGCGACGUUCUGGAGAUUUGGUGCCAUCCUCUCCGGAGUAGAUUGAAGGGUGUCCCAUGGCUGGAUCGGUCGACCACAGGUUGCUCGAGUGACUUUACCUCCCUUCCUCCUAUGCAUCAGGUCUACUCUGCUUUGCUUCUCCAGUUUGCUCUUUUCUUUGUCUGUUACUCUUAUUCUUUUGGUUAAGGUUUGGAUGUAGAUGCCGUAUGACAGUUUUCUU